AUGGGAAUGAGUUACAAAAAGAAAGCAGUAGGAGCAGUGCGAGCUCUGACACCCACCAGCUCCCCCCUGUCCUCCCCCAGCAAGCAUGGCGAUCGCUUCAUUCCCUCCCGGGCUGGAGCCAACUGGAGUGUCAACUUCCACCGCAUCAAUGAAAUUGAAAAGUCGCACAAUCAAAACAGAAAAACCAAAGAUGGCACAACAGACAGCAACAAAGCGGACGGUCUGGCUUACUCGGCUCUGCUGAAGAACGAGCUGCUAGGAGCGGGCAUCGAGAAAGUCCAGGACCCCCAGUCAGAAGACCGCCGUCUGCAGCCAUCUACACCUGCCAAGAGAAGCCUUUUUAGUUAUUCUGUAAGUGCUAAGAGGACUCUGCCAGAAGAGGAUGGAAACACAGUCUCUCCAUAUUCUCUAUCACCUGUCAGUAGCAACAGCCAGAAACUGCUGCGUUCGCCAAGGAAGCCUACGCGAAAAAUAUCAAAAAUUCCUUUCAAAGUCCUGGAUGCUCCAGAGCUUCAGGACGACUUCUACCUCAACCUAGUGGACUGGUCCUCUCUGAAUGUGCUCAGUGUUGGGCUGGGAACCUGUGUGUACCUGUGGAGUGCCUGCACCAGCCAGGUGACACGUCUAUGUGACCUUUCUGUGGAAGGAGAUUCUGUAACAUCAGUGGGCUGGUCGGAAAGGGGCAACCUGGUGGCGGUGGGGACUCAUAAAGGCUAUGUACAGAUCUGGGAUGCGGCAGCAGGGAAGAAGCUCUCCGUACUAGAAGGACACACAGCCAGAGUGGGUGCGUUGGCAUGGAAUGCAGAUCAGCUGUCGUCAGGGAGCCGAGACCGGGUAAUCCUGCAGCGAGAUAUCAGAGCCCCCCCUCUCCAGUCAGAGCGCCGUCUCCAAGGACACAGACAGGAAGUGUGCGGGCUCAAGUGGAGCACAGACCACCAGCUGCUAGCCUCGGGGGGAAAUGACAACAAGUUACUGGUGUGGAACCACUCCAGUGUCCUCCCGGUGCAGCAGUACACGGAGCACUUGGCUGCAGUGAAGGCCAUCGCCUGGUCCCCCCACCAGCACGGCCUGCUGGCCUCCGGGGGGGGCACCGCCGACCGCUGCAUCCGCUUCUGGAACACUCUGACCGGCCAGCCCUUACAGUGCACCGACACCGGCUCGCAGGUCUGCAACCUGGCCUGGUCCAAGCACACCAACGAGCUGGUCAGCACACAUGGUUAUUCCCAGAACCAGAUCCUGGUGUGGAAGUAUCCCUCUCUAACUCAAGUGGCCAAACUAACUGGACAUUCCUACAGAGUACUCUACCUGGCCAUGUCUCCUGACGGGGAGGCCAUAGUGACGGGAGCUGGAGAUGAAACACUUCGCUUCUGGAACGUCUUUAGCAAGAUGAGAUCCACUAAGGAAUCUGUGUCGGUGCUGAACCUCUUCACCAGGAUCCGGUAGUAUGCAAAAACGGAGAAGGGAUUUUAUGUUUGCAUGUACGGAGCUGUAAACGGGCCCCUUCUUUGAGCAUUCUCCUCGGUGGUCUACAGGCGGCCCCCCCUCGACUGCCCUUUGUUAAUUAUCCAGGUUGUAACUGGGAGGAGAAGAUGGAGAGAUGCACAGCGUCAGUGUGGAGGGCAGAGGAGACGCGUUCGUACAGUGUUCCACUUCCUCCUUAAUGAUAAAGCCACUUCCUCCUCCAUCAGACCAGUGAUCCCUGGUGACGAGGGGGACUUCGGGGGGUUUCUCUCCCAUUAUGUUUGUUUACAGACUGACGUUGUGCUUACCUGCCAAAUAUUGAGUUUGUCCUUUUAAUUUGAGUUUGUCCUUUUGACUGUCUUAUUUAUUUUAUUCUCUAUUUUUAUUUUAAAGUUUUAAAUAUUACCCUGCUAGUUUGUUUGUUUGUUUCUAGGCUGGCAGAUUUCCUUUUCUUUGUGUAACUGCAGUUUUUUGUUCUGAUCUUUGCAGUAUGUUUGGCUUUCUUCAUGUUUGCAGAAAAAUCCAAGCUUGUCUUUUUUUUAUUUUACUGUGGCAAUAAUGUUUAAUGUAGACGGUAACCGAUUACAAAUUCCUGGAAAACUUAAUGGUCAACAAGGAUUGAACGACUGGGUCUGAUCUUCUUUUUAAAAAUCUUACACUAAGUUAAUUUAGUCUAAUUAUACUUAUUAUACAGUAUUGGCUUAUUGUUUCUCUCGUAAGAAAUCUCAAAGUGGUCUAAGGUGCAAAAUUACUAUUUGGUAACACUGUAAAUAAGAACAGUUGCCUAUACAGCUAAUUCACAUGACAAUUUGAGGAUUUUAAUUUGACUUGUGUGGAAGUGUUUUACCCAUAUUGUUUUUUAGGGUCUUAAAUGGAAAAUCAGGCAAGGGAAGUUAAAUGAAAACACAUCGGCUCAUCAGUGUAGUUUAUAAAAACAAAGCACACAGCUUAACAUUUGGGACUGCUGCUACUUUGCACUGUGUCUAAAAUAUUCAAGCUUUGGGCAAUUCUCUUUUGCUACUUGAGACCAUUUCUGUGUCGAGCAAUUCAACGUUCUUUUGUUUUUUUAUCUGAAAAAAUAGAUUUCAUAUCAUUGCAACAUUUUCUCCCAAUUUUAAAUUGUAUUUUUUUCUCCGUUUGAAUGUUUGAGUCAACAAGUGUGCCACAUUUAAACAAAUGCUAUUUAUUUGUGUUGUGAAAAAGGUUAUUGUACAGAAAUGGCAUGUUUGUUUACUAAUGUUACCCGGGGGAAGUUGAUGGGCAGUUUAACUGCUAGGAAAUUCGUUUUUAUGCCACUUCAAAAUCAAGACAAUGCUGCCAACUUGAAUUACAGAAAGAAUGUUAAAAAAAAAAAUAUUUCUGUACUGAGAGAUAAUCAACAAUUAAAAGAUCAUAUCUUAUAUCUUAA